AUGCCUAGUGGGGUUGAGUAUGCAGUUGACCUACGCCACCAUCGGUGUGACUGUGGUGAAUUCCAGGUUGACCGAAUUCCGUGUCGGCACGUGUUUGCGUGUUGUGCAAAUCAGAGGUUGGAUUGGAAAGUGUACGUUAAUGACGUUUACAAGAUGGACCAAAUUCGAAGAGUAUACAAGGCUAGGUUUCGACCACUGGGAAAUCCGGCAACGUGGCCUGCUUAUCAUGGACCUAAAUUCGUUGGAAACCCGUUCCUCAGACGGGUAGCCAAGGGCCGGCCGAAGAUGACCCGCUUCUUGAAUGAGAUGGACACUCGUAUGUUGCGUCGCCCGAGGCGAUGCAAGCAAUGCGGUGCCGAGGGCCAUAGUCACAGUAGAUGUCGUCAAAGUGGUGGACCGAGUGCAGGUCCAGCCGAAGAGUAG